AUGAUCACAAAAUACUACCAGCAUGUGCUUUCCUUAGAAUUUGCUCUAAAGGAGAUCAAUGGGAAUCCACAAAUCUUGUCCAAUGUCACACUUGGUCUCCAUGUAUCAGACAGCUACUAUGACCCAAGAAUGACCUAUCGAACCACCCUGGACCUGCUUUUCAAAUCAAAUAGAUUUCUCCCCAACUACGAAUGUGGCAUCCCUAAGAACCUCAUGGCCAUCGUUGGAGGACUUGGAUCUGAUACUUCUUCCCAUAUUGCAGGCAUUAUAGAUGUCUACAAGAUUCCUCAGGUUUGGAUCAUGACUAGUCAAUUUGAUUUUAUCCUAACAGGAGUUCAGAAGACUUGGAACCUCCAGUUGUUCAAUGGGGCCAUUUCCUUUCAAAUUCCAUCAAAUGAGGUUCUGGGAUUCAAGGAGUUUGUUCAGUCCAUAAAACCUUAUUUGAGGCAAGGAGAUGGAUUUAUAAAGGAUUUUUGGGAGCAAGCAUUUGACUGUUUCUUUCCUAAUUCAGGAUUGCCAACAAUGGACAUUGGGCAAUGCACUGGGGACGAGACCCUGGAGAGUCUUCCUGGACCUCUCUUUGAAAUGGAAAUGACUGGUCAUAGUUAUAGUAUCUACAAUGGUGUCUUCGCUGUGGCUCAUUCUUUGCAAGCCUUACUAUCAAAGGGACCAAAUCAGGGCAAAAGGGUUGUGGGAAAAUUGGUUCAACUCACAGAUCUCCAGCCUUGGCAGCUCCACCCAUUUCUUCAAGGCAUUUCUUUUAACAACUCAGCUGGAGAAGGAGUCUUCUUUAAUGACAAAAGGGAAGUGACAGGAGGAUUUGAUGUUAUCAACCUGAUCACUUUUCCGAACAGGUCCUUUCAGAGGGUUAAAGUUGGAAGGCUAGAUCCUAAUGCUGCAAAAGGAAAAGAAUUGGUCCUUGAUGAAAAUAGGGUUCUCUGGCACCCAGGUUUCAACCAGGUUCUUCCCAUUUCUCUGUGUAAUGAGUACUGUUACCCAGGAUCUUGGAAGAGAAGGAUGGAAGGGAAACCGUUCUGCUGCUAUGAUUGUGUUCCAUGUCCAGAAGGGAAGAUUUCAGAUCAGAUGGAGAUGGAAGAUUGUUUCAAAUGUCCUGAAGAUCAGUAUCCAAGCAAGGAGCAAGAUCAUUGCAUCACCAAAAAAACAAGUUUCCUCUCUUAUGAAGAACCUUUAGGGAUCUCCUUGGCAUCAGCUGCUGUUGCUUUUUGCUUGAUAACAGCCUGGAUACUUGGAACUUUUAUUAAGCACAAGGACACCCCCAUAGUGAAAGCCAACAACCGGGACCUCACCUACAUCCUCCUGGUGUCUCUUUUGCUCUGCUUUCUCACUCCCUUUUUCUUCCUCAGCCAACCUGGGAAAGUCACCUGCCUUCUCCGGCAACCAACUUUUGGCAUCAUCUUCUCAGUGGCUGUUUCUUGUGUCUUGGCUAAAACCAUCACUGUUGUUGUGGCUUUCAUGGCCACCAAGCCAGGAUCUCAGAUGAGGAAAUGGGUAGGGAAAAGACUGGCCCUUUUGAUUCUUCUUUCCGGCUCUCUUUUCCAAGCCAUCAUUUGUACUGUGUGGCUGGCAACCUCUCCUCCAUUUCUGGAGUUAGACAUGCACUCCCUUAUGGAAACCAUGAUUUUGCAGUGCACUGAAGGCUCCAUCCUCAUGUUCUAUUGUGUCCUGGGCUACCUGGGCUUCUUGGCUCUUGCCAGCUUCAUUGUGGCAUACCUUGCCCAUAAUUUGCCCAACAGCUUUAAUGAAGCCAAGUUCAUCACCUUCAGCAUGUUGGCUUUUUGCAGCGUGUGGGUGUCCUUUGUGCCAAGCUACCUGAGCACAACAGGGAAAGCCAUGGUGGCUGUGGAGAUCUUCUCCAUCUUGUCCUCCAGUGCUGCCUUAUUGGGAUGUAUCUUUUUCCCCAAAUGCUACAUCAUUGUGCUGAGGCCAGAACUGAACAACAGGGACCAAUUAAUACAAAGAAGGUCCAGCUCUCGCAGCCAUGGUAAAAAAGACAUAGGAAUCGGAGACUUCCCAGCCCAGUUCCACAUUUCCAAAUUCCACGCACAGACUGGAUGGCGACACGAUGGCCCUGGUGGUGUGGAGGAACAGCCUAACAGUUCCCUGACCCCUGGUGGCUCAGCAGAACUCAGCAAACUCCAGCAUAGCCAAGUCAGCUUCACAAUGCAGCACCCUUGCAAUGAGGAGCAGCAGACCUGGCGUCUUCUCUGGGCUGUGGGCCCCAGCAGUGGAGUGGCUGAUGAUAGGGGGCAAUGA